GGGAGGGCAGGGGGUGCUUCUUCUCCACUUGAAAUGACGGAAUCCAGCCCUAGCAGGUUUGGCUCCUUGGAUAGAGCAUCGGCCUGCGGACCGACGGGGCCUGGGUUUGAUUCUGGUCAAAGGCAGGUGCCUCGGUGUGUGCAGGAGGCAACCAAUCAAUGUGUUUCUCUCGCAGCGAUAUUUCUCUCUGUCUUUCCCUCUCUCUUCCACUCUCCCUAAAAGUCGAUGGAAAAAUAUCCUCGGGUCAGGAUUAAAAAAAAAUAAAGAAAGGACGGAAUCUGUGAUCCCAGUUUCCUGGAGGGACUGGACUCCGGCAGGAGGACACGUGCCGUGGUGGCUGCUGUCACCGUGAGCCUCUGUGUUCAAGGUCCCACGCGUCCUCUCACGGGACUAGGGUGCAGGCACCCAGCGUCUUCCAUGUUUAUUGAGGCUGAGAGGGGCCAGGUUGGGAAUGAAGGGACCAGCAGGAGCCAGGGCCGAGAAGUGAGGUACCUGGAGACCGCCCCCCCCCCCCAUGGGGCAGUUAUCAUAGCCAAGACCUAUGAAAUGACGUCAUUGGGGGAGGGGCUGCAGGGGAGGGCGGGACCAGAAGGGAGGAGGGCCCCAGUGCCAGGCCACAGGGUCAGCUGUGCAAGUCCUGAGCAGAGCACAGCACACAGGAGCUGGCCACAGAGGCGGGCCAGGGCCGGAGCUGCAGGCGCCUGGCAGAGAGAGGCCCAGCCUGGCGGUGGGGAAACUGAGGCAGUGGUGCGGCCCUGGAGACGGCUGGUCAGGGCUGGACCUUCCUGGCCCAAGGUUCUGCCUCAGUUGGGUCUCUGGUUGCCGAGGUCUGAGAAGGGGUCGGACCUGAGGACCCAGGGCUGACCCCGGGGUCUCAGUUGCUGUCUGACCACUGCUGGGAGCCCACCAGGCCCGCUGCCUGUGAGAGCAUGAGUGAGCAGGAGAGGGAGACGGAGGAGGAUGAGGGAGGGGGCCCUUCAGACAUGGCACCCAUGCUGCCCCGAAGGCGCCCGGACCACAGGGCUGGACCACCCGCCCUGGGGCUGCCCGGCCAGAUGCUGGCUGGGCUCCUGCUCCACCUGCUGCUGCCUGGGACCCUGUUCCUGCUGGUGCUGAUGCCGGCCGCCGCCAUCAUCUACCUGGGAUUCCUGUGCCACUCCAGGGUCCACCCGGCGCCCAGCCCCACGUGCCGCGCGCUGCUCACGGACCGCGGCUCCGCGACGCUCAUCGUGCUGGGCUUCCUCUCGCUGCCUCUGCUGCUGGUGCUCGCCUCGGCCGCCCGCGCCCGCUUGGCCCGGCGCCUCCGCCCGCUGCUGCCGCCCCCCAUUUGGACCCGCGGACCGGGCCGCCAUCCAGGCUCCAGCGACGGGGAACGGGAGGAACGCCACCCCGAAGGGGAGGAGCAGCUCUGCGCCUGGGUGUGACCCCAGAGGCCCUCCAAAGGACCCGAGACCUCCAAAUCCCGGGAGGCCCCCGAACCUCCACAUCCUUCGUGACCUCCAUCAGUUGGCCCCAGGCCGGCGAGCGCGUGGUCUGCGCCCAGAUCCGGCUGGGAAAUUGCGGGCAUUGCCUGCCUCGGGCUCCGGCGCGGUGCUCCGAGCGGCCGCGAGAUGGCACUCGACUCCCCGGGACUGGGGUCAGCUCUCCCCACCCACCGCCGCCGGCACCCUCGCUGGCACCCCUGCCGCAGAGGCUGUGCCCCCUCGAGGAGGCGGGGUGGCUCUCAGAGAGGGGCGCGUGGCCGGGCUCGAGAAAGGCGGCCUCCUGGCUUCUGCUACUGGCUGCCCUGGCCGGGCCCUGUGGCCCCGUGACUGGUCAGCCAGGGCCUCCCGCCAGUUUCAGAGGAGGUGGGACCCCCACGGUCCACCAGAGCAGAGCGCGUGCUUCCAGGAGUCAGCGAUGGCCAAGCCCUGCCAGGGCCUGCAAGGCCCAGCCUGUGCCCAGGUUAGAGCUCAAACUGAGACCAGGGUUAGAGCUCGGCCAGUGCCCAGGGUUAGCAUCUUUUAUUAUUAUUAUUUUACACUUUGUCCUUUAUUUGGAAUGGUUUCUUUAAUACAUGACCCUGACCCUUGGCCAUGGCCCUUGAUACAAACUAGGGUACACAUUCUUUUUUUGAAAAAUUGAAAUAUGAAAAGUGAGACAGCCCUUAUGAUUCGUCAGAGCAGGCUCACUGAAGUGGUAGUUUUCUGGCAAUAAAUGUGUCCUUGAAGUUCUUUCCCUUUGAUCCCUAGAACCACCUUCAUUUCCUCCUUUCCUGAAACUCUUUUGUUCAGUCCCUCCUGGAACGCCUGGAGGAACAGCAGCACUCUGCCCAUGACUCCAGGGUGGGCGUUCAGAUGGGCACCCACCCAGUGAGGGCGCAGCCUGUUCUCUCUGGGUGACGUUAAGAUCUCCAGGGUCUGCUGCAUUCUGUCCUAUGCUUUGAGCUUGUUCCCAGUUGCGGCUCUGUUCUUGAUGACCUAUCCGGCGUACACGUGUUUCCCGUGCCUGGGGAUCAGAUAUUUCCUAGUUCUGGAGAAUUCUCAGCCGGUAUCCCACGAGCUCUGCCUGUCACUCCCUGUACAUGUUCUCCUUGGGGAAAGCUUCUCCUCUGACCUCGAUGUCAAUUCAUCUCGCUUGUAUUUUUUUUCAAAUAUCUUUUUAUUAUUGAUUUCAGAGAGGAAGGGAGAGGGAGAGAGA